AUGUCGUCUAUUACCAGCGAAAACUUCCUUGCUGUCGCGCUGAUAAUCAACCGUUCGCGUGACGGGCCGGCAUUUGUCUUCCACUACCCACCAGAUGUCCAGCCCGUCACGAACCACCCAAAACAGCCUGUUGAGUCCACUGAUGAGGAUGGGGAUAUCCUCCUUCAACGACUCGCUCAGCCCAUGAGCCGGGAUAUCACCGCCACAGACGGAGGCGGCAGCAAACAUCGACACCACGAUGGUCAUCUAAUGACGGAGACUGGCUCUCAAGUCGUUCCUUGGGAGCGUGUGGCUGGAUUCCCGACACGGGAUCUGGCCAGCAUCCUCACUCCCGCGCGGUCUUACCACAAGAAGCUGUUUCAGCUGUCACUCGACCCCGUGCACUGCAUCUCAUAUCCCAUCCACGUGCCAGAGAAUGGAAAAUGGAAGCGCCAUAAGAAAUCGAACAAAGCCAAGGCCCCGAGACUGUCGGAGGAAAACCUGGCUCCCCAUGAGACAGAACCGCCAACGCCAUCUGUCGUCAUCUCGUCAGAGUCUGCCAGAGACAAAGACGGCAAGAAAGACGAUGUGGACGAAGAGAAGCGCAGUUCUAUGACAAUGUUUAACCUGGUAUUUAUUUUAAAUCCAAAGAAAAGCGAAGACAAGGAGCUUGUUGAUGCGUUGUAUCACAACGUGGUAAAGAAGGUGAACAAGGCGUACAAAUACAGCCAGCAGCACUGCGAAUUCGUAUGGAAGGAGUCAAAACGGAUAUUGCUAGCCAAGGAUAGAGCCCGAGAAGACGAAAAGAGCAUGAACGUCCUAUGGAAGGAGUUGCUUGAGAUGUCCUCGCUAGCAGCAUCUGUACACGAUAUAUACGAAGCCGUGUCUCGCAAUAAGAUUGCAACGCUUCACCUAGACACACCGGCGGGAGUUUUGACUCCAUCGGUACAGAUUCCAGCGCCUUUCUUCGUUUCCGACCUCCCAGCAGACCAUGACCACAGCCAGCAUGGUCUCUGGCUAACGACGGCCAACUCUUUCCUCAGCCACGAACAACUAGACGACCCGGAGUUUCUGGACAAAAACUUUGCCCUGCUCCUGCUGGAAGAUGAGAAAAAAGUCGUAGCUGAGCUCCAAGCCGAUAGAGACCCAACAACAGUGUCCAUGAUUGAAUUUGCCCGUCUAGCCAAACCCACCAUGUCAUUCUACCAGGUCGGGCAAAGCAACGUCCUCACAGCCAGCCAAGUCCGCAAGUAUGCUCAGCACUUCAUAUUCUGGCGCCGGGCCAUUGCCAUACCACCUCUACACGCCAGAGAUGUUUACAUAGUGUCGCCUAAUUGCGAUCUUAGCCGCCUCCCCAAAGACGCAGCUGAAUGGCAACGCGCGUUCCCGCUGGCACCGCCGCUGCCCAACUUUCUCUCGGAAUUAUCUUACACACCGCGGCCCUACAAGACCUUCUGCCCCAGCAAGCCGCACCGCCCUCUGUACCUCCGCAUGUUGGCGUGGCUCUUGCGAGGGGGAUGGGUGACACAGCUCUGCACAUUCGCCUACGUUGUCGUGUGGCCCGAGAUCCUGUACGAAGUAGAAUAUGUCAUGGAAGCCGAGGAGCUCGCGGCGGCGGCGGCGGCGACAGCGACAGCACAAGACAACAACCGCAACGAUGACCAGCCCUCCCCAUCGCCAACCUAUGCUGCUCCCCCAACCACCAACCAAGAACUAACAACCCAAGACGACCCCGAUCCCGCCGAACCCCUACCCGGAGCCGGCGAUGAACCCAGUCCCAAGACCCGCGUCCCAGCACCAACCUCCACGGCCCAACACGCCGCGGAAAUGGCGCGCCUCGAACGCAUCGCCAUGAAAGCCCACCGCGAAGCAGCCGACAAGGCGACGGCGCACGCACGCAAAACACCCCCCAUCCCGACAAGCCGGCCCUCCGUCAACGACAGCCCCCAUCUCGCCGGGCUGACGCCGCACAUCAUCCUCGAUGCGAAGAAGGCCACGGGCAAAGAGUCGCGCUACCUGUCCGCCAUUGCGCGCCGCCUCAAGGACGACAAGGUCAAAGCCGCAUGGUCCGUCAUGUGCAAGUACUUCGACGGCCGGUGUGCGCUGGAGAGGAUCGCUCUGCAGGAAGACAUGAAGCGCAAGGAGACGUGGACGUUACUAACAGCCAUGAGCGAGUAUCUACUUUGUACCAGACAUUGGUGA